CUAAAUAAAAUAUAUAAUAAUGUGCCUAUUAAUAUAAUUAAUAACAUAAUUAGCUGUAAAUUUAAAUAAUAAUAAAGUUAUUUUUAUUAGACAAAUAUAAGAAAACGUGCAAAAGUGUGCAAUCAAAAAUCUUAUAGCUAUAAAAAAAAUCUUUAUUACCAAAAAAUAGAUACAAAAACCAAGUAUUUGAUUGCCUGUGGUCUCCACACUAGAUUGAUCUGUAUCGUGGAGACCAGGUAGGAUUUUCUUAUGUUUUCCGUUGGAGCUAUGUGUUAAUUUAGUGUAGUUCGUUAGUGAAGUGAUACAAGUGAAGCCAUCAUGUUGCCUGUACCACAAGACCGUAUGUCCGGUCGUCGGAGCAGUUCUAUUGUGAGUAGAACAUUGCUGGGGCGACGAGCCUCUGUCUACGUCACGAGCAAUCAGCAAGACCCGGCUAAGGACAUAAACGUGCAGCUGGCUUUGUUCCGCGACCUCCUGAUCCACAUCGGGCAGCCGCACGACUGUCCCGAGCUACGCGAGCGCGUGCGUAGGCUACGCCGCACGUGCGUUGAGGCCACCAAGCAGACCAGCCAGCUAGUUCUGCCUGCCUCCAAAAAGUCAACCAGUGAAGGCUGUGCUGACCAGCCUCAGCUGGUGUUGUUGUACUUCAUGUCGCAACUACUCCUCCGAGAGCUCGCCAAGUGCCAUCGGCUGGUGCAGCUCGUGCCUAUGGACAUGACUUCGUACUAUGAAAACCGAGCCGGCCCCUCGAACUUCGGGAACGUGAUAAGCCAGAUCUUGUUGUGCAAGCAGAUCACGCCUGACUUCAAUCAAGAGGAACUCUGCAGCAUCGCCAAAGACACGCAAGAAAUUACGAGAAUCGUUAACGACAUACAAGAGUACCUGCCACAACACGAAAACCUUAAUCACCUAGAAACCAGCGUGGCGCUUAAAGGCGACGACGUCAACGGCCUAUGGAGGAACAAACGACGGGGUUCCCUCUACAAGGGCAUGGGAGUGCUCUGUUGUAUGUCACGGCCCAACUACCUCUGAGGGUGACGAACCUCGCCCACGCGGCGGCACCGGAGUGCAGAUUAAGGGAUGAUUUAUAUAACCGGGCUGUGACCGGGCGGGUCGAAGCUGAGUAUGACCGUGGUGUAGACGAGCGUCGUACCUCAGUAGACGAGCCCGGACGGGACACGGAUCAUGCACUGUGUAAUAUAAACUGCUUCAUACUAAAUGUAUGUAAUGGUUCAAAACCGUGCCCCGUCCGGACCACGACACUGCUCGCCCCGGACACGGCCCGGUCUUAUAUAAAUCAUCCCUAAAUUAUAACAAAGGACUUACAAGUCAAAAGUUCAAAACACCAGUGUAACAUUAAAAAACCUCAUGCGUUCGCAAAUGUAAGUGAACAACAUUAUCUACUAAGUAGGAGCUAAGGAAUGUAUGAUUCAUCAAGAGUAGAAAUGAAAGGGUCCAUUAGAUCGCUACACUAGUGAAAAUCAAGUGCUUCGUCUGAUUUUAAAAAUGUGAAUUCGUUCGCAAUAGCGAACCUUCAGAACUAAAAUAACCUAAGUCAAAAAUAAAAUAAUUGUAUUUUUUGUUUUAAUCUUUUUUAAAAUAAUCAAAGCCUCAAGGCACCAGUAAGCAUGAACUUGCUUACAAUAGCACUGAUCAGAGUUUUCGAUGGAAAUAUAGGUACCUACCUAAUUAACGAAACAAAGAUCCUAGAAAAAUAUACGAUUCUAAUAUGAGAUAGAUAAUAUCAAAAUUAGAAAGUCAUUUUCUAAACCAACGUUAAUCAAACACAUUUAUUGUACUUUUUGUCGUAGGUUACUUUCGAGCUGAAGGUAGUUACAUACCAUCAUAAGUGAAUGUUUCAAUUAAUUAUAAUAUCAUUAUAAUAAUAUAGAGUUAGGUGCACACUUAUAAUAUAUGGGAUAUUAUUGUGAAUAGCCUGGAGUGGGAUCAAUUGCGUUAAGUAGAUUAUAAUUAAACCUUAUGUUGCACCACUUAUUAUCUAUAUACCUAGAUUAGAGCUGCAAUAGUAAACGGUUUACUUUAAAUAUUUAUAAAAUAAAGCUUAUGAAAGACUUAUCCGCUAAAUAUUUAUUGCACAUUUUGUUAGAAAUAUUCUUAUGAGAAUAUUUACAAGAAUCGUAAUUUGAAACACUUUUUUCAGUGUUUUGUUUAUGUCUUGUGAAAGAAGUUAGUACCUAGCGCUUUCACAAAAAUAAAUAGCUCUUUGGCAAAAUCUUUAGCAGAUUGUGAUGUGACGUAAUAUUUUCUUAUUUUAUAUAUUUCGCAGGCUACCUUGUAGAGCAUUAGUACCUCUAGCUUUCCGAGUUUAUUAAGAAUUGUCUUGAAUUGAAUUACUUGGUAUACAUUUUGAACUAUAUCGAUAUAAUACUCGUAUGUGUAAUAAUAAGGUAAUAUAGCUCAUAUUUUUAUCAGAAUGAUCUUUUUAAAAUCUAAAUUGCCUAUAAUUCAUUUAUGUAUAUACCUAGUCAUAUUUCCCACUGAUUAUUUGGACGUAGUGAUAUUACUAUAUACUAUUUUACUUAUUUUACGAUCUGUUAGCUCAAGUCUUAAAUAAGUUUAAUCAAAUACCUAAUAAAAUCUAAAUUGCCUAUAAUUCAUUUAUGUAUAUACCUAGUCAUAUUUCCCACUGAUUAUUUGGACGUAGUGAUAUUACUAUAUACUAUUUUACUUAUUUUACUUAUUUUACGAUCUGUUAGCUCAAGUCUUAAAUAAGUUUAAUCAAAUACCUAAUGCAUCAGAAUUUGCAUAUCCUGUACCUACCUAAAUAUGAAUUUACUGGUAAAAAUAAUUUAAGGAUAUAAUUUUUUAUCAAAUGCGAGUAAUUGAAGUAGUGAAACUAUGUCCAAUUCUCUCGUCUUCCAAUAUUAAAUUUGAAGAUGCAAAUGAUCUCAUUAGUAAUAAUUAUAAGUGAUGAAGUACAGAGAGUUAUAAAACUCAUAUAUAUUUAAAAAUACAGGUUCUUUAAAUUACCAAAGACAUUUAAUCUAAUCAUUACAAUAUAAAGAAAGAAAUAACUAAUAAUUUUGUAUUGUUUCCUUGUAAUACAAAACCAGAGACUGCCUUUUUAGUUUUUACUGAUUAUUAUCUUAUUAUUCCUACCUACUAGAAUACUCUGUUUUAAUAUGAAUAAUAUAAGCAAACUAAUUAUUAUUUAAAGAAUUGUAUUAUUGUGCCUGAUGAAUUGUCCAUUAAAUAUAUUUUAUUAUAAACUAAGGUAAUGCCCAAAGAAUGUAUAACUCAGAGUUAUUUGACUUAUGUAUUUAUAAGUUAUAUUUAUGUUAUUCUACUAAUAUAUUUAUUGAUUUCAUGUUAUCUAACACAACUAAGUAACUAUAACAAAACUAUAUAAACCUUGACUUGUAUAUGGCAUAAAUACGACACUAUUGUCCUUUGACUAAAAAGCGGCUAAUACCUAAGUUUCUGAGAUGCUAUGCGGAAUAAACAUACAUAAUGAAACCACAGACUCGAUAUAUGAGUAAAAUAUUGGAUUAAUUUGACGUUUAACAUUAUCUCAUUUGUUUAGUGAUGUGGUUGAAAACAUGAAAAUUAAAUGCUGUUGUCAACUUACUCAAACAGCAUUUUACAGUCAAAACACAUACUCUAAAUAAUGUAUUAUUUGAUAUAACGAUCUAUUAUAAAUAUAAAAAAAAAAAUAUUUAAAUCAAAGAUCAAAAAGUAAAAGAGAGAGACAUACACUAAAAAUACAUACUGACAUAACAUACUAAAUGCCUAAUGCACCGCUACUACGUGGACUAUAACCCUACCAUGAACUACGCGCUAUGUUUCUCAUAUGCAGUGCAAAGAUCUAGAAUACCCUUUCAGCUUCCAUUCUUCCUAUCACGAACACGUUAAAGAUACGUUACAUUAUCUUCAGGUUCAGAGUGAGUACAUAGCUUCUUGGCCAACAAAUUUCUGCUACAUCAUAGCUUCCCAUCACGUGUAAUUCAAUAAAGUGUUAACCUACUAUUAUCAUUACUGUAUAUGUAAAAACUAGAAUACGAAACUAGGCCUACAUUCUCGAGGGAAAAAGAGUAUACAAAUCACAAAGAUUUGAAAGAAAUUUCACUUCAAAAAAUAAUUCAGAAUUAUCUAAUAUUAACAUAACUUUAAAAUGAAAAAAAUAGGGUUAGCCGAUUUUUAGUUGCAGGAAGGCGACAUUGUUAAUUUUAAUAUCUAGUAAACCUUAAUGUACUUGUAACUGUAGGUAUUUUAAUAUUUAUGAUGUACAUUAUUAGAUCAGUGUGGCUAUGCGGAUUAUAUUAAGUAACUAUACCUAUUACGAGAAUACAUUAUACAAUGUUAGGUAGUGUGGACGUAUUACAAAUAAUUAAUUAUUCACAUACGUGAUAAUGACUGGUUUAGAUCCCGGCAAGUAAGUUGAACAUUGAAAAAUGCAGUCAUUGCGCACGUACCAUACCAUAAACCAAAGCCAAACGCAUGCUUCAUGGUUGCCCAGCUGGCCUACUCACUAAUUUGAUUUUUAUUAACAACCUAAAAAAACAUCGAAUCAACUGAGUAAGUCUAUCUACUUUAUGAUAUCCAAGAAGGCACCGGAUGACAUUGGUUACAUAGAAUUUGAAUUUCGUAUAUGUCAACUAACAUACGUCAAAAUUAGUGAAUUAGCCUGCUGUACAAGAAAGAUGUCAAAUAAUUGAAAAUUUCGUACGCUAUUGUAAUGACGUAAACAUUUCGCUAUGGUUGCUCGACCGUACAUCGCUAACGUUUGAAAAUUAUUGCGCAUAGUUCAACUUAUAGGCCGCGUACUAUACAUUAUCUCAGCUUUAAUUUGUCAUCCUCAUUUGUUUUUUAAAUUCUUAUUAUAUUAAAAGUCAAUCAAUCAUAACCAAAGUACCUUAGAAACGUAUUUUUUUGUUUAUUAGUUUUUAAGUAUGGCCUAGUCAACGUUGAAGUAUAUAGCUUAGCUUGCAUAUUCUAGUCAAUUAUCGUUUAAGUCCCAAAAUGUAUUUAUCAAAGGAUCAAUUAUUAUUAAUAUUAGAUACUUAGUAAUGAAGAUAAUUUAAAUAGUUAUUAUCUAUAGAACUAUAUUUAAUUAUAUAAGUAAUAAAUACAUUAUUCGAGCAGUUGCAUUUAUAACAAAACACAGCCAUUAGAUUUUUUUAUGUUAUUUUAUGUAGCAUCAGUCUAUAGUGCAUCGAGAGCAGAUAGAUAUACUUACUGAAACAUUUAUACCUACUGCUAUAAACUUAUUAUAUAUUUUUUUAUUUCAUAAAAGAUGUUAAUUACUCAAAAUCUUUAUACUUGGUGUUAAAAAAAUAAUUAAAAGUCUCUAUAAUUUCCCACAUGUGCUACUUUCUUGUGGUUGGCUGGCUACAUAAACUCGUAUAUAUUAGAGAAUCUUGGACGGUAGAGUAGGAUAGAGUAACUAAACUGGAGCAUAUUUUCAAAGAGACCUGAAUCAAUACACGAAGCAUUAGUGUCUUAACAACCAUAA